AAAAAUCGAUACCAAUCUAAAUGAUUAAAAAAAUUAGCAGGAAUGAAGUUCUUUAUUGAUGAUCUUCCAGUAUUAUUUCCAUAUCCUAGGAUUUAUCCUGAGCAAUAUUCAUAUAUGUGUCACUUAAAAAAGACAUUGGAUAUUGGAGGUCAUUGUGUAUUGGAGAUGCCAUCUGGUACAGGAAAAACUAUAUCCCUUUUAUCAUUAAUAAUUUCUUAUCAAAAGUUCUAUCCAGAGCAUAGAAAGCUUAUAUAUUGUUCUCGAACUAUGUCUGAAAUAGAGAAAGUUCUUGUAGAAUUAAAAAGUUUAAUGGAAUUUAGAAAGAAUGUUUUAGGGGAAAAUGAUAAAUUUAGAGCGCUCGGGUUGACUAGUAGAAAAAAUUUAUGUCUUCAUUCUUCAGUAAAACAAGAAAAAAAAGGGACUAUUGUUGAUGCUAGAUGUCGUAAUUUGACAGCAAGUUUUGUGAAAGAAAGAAGAAAAAAAGGAGAAAAUGUUAAUUUUUGUGUCUAUUAUGAGAAUUUGGAAUUUCUUGAAUCUCAUGAUUUAAUACCUUAUGGAGUAUUUACAUUUUCAGAUCUUUUAAAAUAUGGAGAAGUAAACAAACAAUGCCCAUAUUUUACUGCACGUAGAGCGAUACCGAUAUGUAAUGUUGUAGUUUAUUCAUAUCAUUAUUUAUUAGAUCCAAAAAUUUCAGAAUAUAUUUCAAAGGAAUUGUCUAAAGAUUGUAUUAUUGUAUUUGAUGAAGCUCAUAAUAUUGAUAAUGUUUGUAUUGAGUCACUAAGUGUAGAUAUUACAGAAAAUUCAUUAAAAAAAGUGUCAAAUAGUAUUAAUAACCUUGAAAAAAAAAUCAUUGACAUGAAAAAAAAUAAUUCAGAAAAACUGCAGAUGGAAUAUAAAAAAUUAGUAGAGGAUCUUAAGAAAAUAGAUGAAGAAAGAGAAGAAGACGUUUUUAUUUCAAACCCAAUUUUACCAGAUGAUUUACUUAAAGAGGCAGUUCCAGGCAAUAUAAGGAAAGCAGAACAUUUCAUCGCGUUUCUUAAAAGAUUUGUUGAAUAUAUGAAGACUCGAAUGAAAGUUCUACAUGUUGUUGCAGAAACGCCGUUAUCUUUUUUACAACAUUUAAAAGAACUAACAUAUAUUGAAAGAAAACCACUAAGGUUUUGUACUGAAAGACUUAAUUCACUUAUUCGUACAUUAGAACUUCCAAAUAUUGAAGAUUAUCAAUAUUUGCAAGAAAUAGCGAAUUUUGCAACCCUAGUAUCAACAUAUGAGAAGGGAUUUAUACUUAUUCUUGAGCCAUAUGAAACAGAUACGGCAGCUGUACCUAAUCCUGUUUUUCAUUUUGCAUGUCUUGAUGCAUCAAUUGCUAUUAAACCAGUUUUUAAUAAGUUUAAAACAGUUAUAAUAACAUCUGGUACAAUUUCUCCUCUGGAUAUGUAUCCAAAAAUACUUCAAUUUAAUGCUGUGAUUCAAGAAUCCUAUAGCAUAUCUUUGGCUAGAAAUUCGUUUCUUCCUAUGAUUGUUACAAGAGGAAGCAAUCAAGUAGCAAUAAGUUCAAAGUUUGAAGUAAGAAAUGAUCCUAGCAUUAUUUGUAAUUAUGGUGAUAUAUUAAUCGAAUUUUCAAAAAUUACUCCAGAUGGUUUAGUUGCAUUUUUUCCAAGUUAUUUAUAUAUGGAAUCUAUUAUAAGUCAAUGGCAUACUUUGGGAAUUUUAGACGAAAUAUGGAAAUAUAAAUUAAUUUUGGUUGAAACACCUGAUAGUCAAGAAACUGUUUUAGCCUUAAAAACCUAUAGAACUGCAUGCGAUAAUGGUAGAGGCGCGGUUUUAUUAUGUGUAGCUAGAGGGAAAAUUUCAGAAGGUAUUGAUUUUGAUCAUCAUUAUGGUCGUACUGUAAUUAUGUUUGGAAUUCCAUAUCAAUAUACAAAGUCUAGAAUUUUAAAGGCUCGUUUGGAGUUUCUUCGAGAUAUGUAUCAUAUUAAGGAAAACGAUUUUCUUACAUUUGAUGCUAUGCGUCAUGCUGCGCAAUGUUUGGGAAGAGUCUUAAGAGGAAAAGAUGACUAUGGAGUUAUGGUUUUAGCAGAUAAACGGUUUUCAAGAGCAGAUAAGCGCAAUAAGCUUCCAAAAUGGAUUCAAGAAUAUAUUACGGGUGGCACAUCAAAUUUAAGUACUGAUAUGUCAUUAGCCUUUGCAGAAAAGUUUUUAAAAGCAAUGGCUCAGCCAUUUAACAUUAAGGAUCAAGAAGGAAUCAGUUGGUGGGAUAUUAAUAAGCUCCAUGAAUAUCAAGAAAAAGAAAAAAUUCAAUUACAAUCAGAAAAUAAUAAGAAUUUAAUGGAUAUAAAUGAUAAUAUUUCUGACGAAAUAAUUGAAAAUAUAGCAUAA